UGAACUUAACUUCCGGCCAGGCUGAGCUGGUGUCCCGAGCAGAUUCCAGCUUGGCUCGGGAAAGCCGUUCUGGUGGGAGGAGGUCGCCGUGGGAAGCCUGGCUUGUCGCGACCAUGUGGAGGCUGCUGGCUCGCGCCAGUGCGCCGCUCUUACGCGUGUCCUCUUCAGAUUCUUGGACAACCCUUCCCACUAGUGCUGGCCUCAAGACGCUGCUCCCAGUGCCAAGUUUAGGAGAUGCUUCCAUUCCUGAAAGGCCCAAGCUUAAAUUUGUUGAAAGGGUACCACUUGUACCAAAAGUAAGACGAGAACCCAGAAACUUGCGUGAUAUACAAGGACCCUCCACCGAAGCUACUGAAUUCACAGAAGGCAACUUUGCAAUUUUGGCACUGGGAGGUGGUUAUCUCCACUGGGGUCAUUUUGAAAUGAUGCGCCUGACAAUCAACCGCUCUAUGAACCCCAAGAAUAUGUUUGCCAUAUGGCGAGUACCAGCCCCAUUCAAGCCCAUCACCCGCAAAGGUAUCGGGCAGCGCAUGGGGGGAGGCAAAGGUGCCAUCGAUCACUAUGUGACACCUGUGAAGGCUGGCCGCCUCAUAGUAGAAAUGGGUGGACGUUGUGAAUUCGAAGAGGUGCAAGACUUCCUGAACCAGGUUGCUCACAAGUUACCUUUCCCAGCAAAAGCUGUGAGCCGUAAGACUCUAGAGAAGAUGCGGCAUGAUCAAGAGGACAGAGAGCGAAACAACCAAAAUCCCUGGACCUUUGAACGCAUAGCCACUGCCAACAUGCUGGGCAUACGGAAAGUAUUAAGCCCGUAUGAUUUAACCCAGAAGGGACGGUACUGGGGCAAGUUCUACAUGCCUGAACGGGUGUAGUGGGAGCACGAGGAUUUCGUGCGCACAUGUUAUUGGGAGUAGAAAUCUGCAUUUUUAUUGUCCUUUGGUGUCUCCUAGGUCAUCACAAAGGAAGAGUAUGUGAAUAGCUGAUUUCUCAAAGAAAAACCUGUUAUCUGAUUAUUUAAAUUAAAGUUUGAAUAUAACCUCAGGA